AUGCCCGCGGUGCGACGCGCGACGCGCGCGAGCGACCGACCCGCCCCGCGCGCGCCGUCGUCCUCGAGCGAUCCAGACGACGACGACGUCUCGCGCGCCUCGCGCGGACGCGGACGCGCGCCCGGCGAGGACGUCUCGGCGGAGUGGACGUCCGAACGCGUCGUCGAGUGCAGGCGAGCGUGGAGACUCGCGGUCCUGCGGCAAAAUGCGCCGGUGCAUCAGACGGGCCAGCUGAUGACGAUCGCCAUCGCGCUCGCCGUCGCGUUCAAGAAGCCCGCGCCGUUGGUCGGUCUGAAACCGGAGUGGACGCGGCGCGUCCCCGUCAGCGGCGCCGCGGCGGCGUUGGCGGCGGCGUACGUUGCCGCCAUCGCGUGUCAGGUGGCGAACCCGCAUCGAUACGAGAAGAACUACGAGGUCGCGUGCGAACUCCUCAGCUGGGGCGGAAUACUGGCGGGGCAGUACACGUUGAUGAUGAACGGGCCCGGCAUGUUGAGUAGGUUGCGGCCGCUCACUUUGAUGGGGUCCAUCAUCAUGAUGCGGUUCGAGUUUUCGAAACAGCGCCUCUGGUUCGCGUUGCGAAUGGUCGCGGAAACGUGCUUGGAGGCGGGGCGGCACGCGCUCGAGGGCGCGCACGGCGGCGAUUUCGCGAGGUGUCUCGUCGACAAGAUCCCGAUCGGUCUCGUCAAGAUCGCGUUCGGUCUGCAGUUGCUCUGGUUGUUGGAGCGACGUGAUAAGGCUCGGUUCUUGGAAUCGUAUUCGUCGUCCGAGGAGGAAGCGCGUCUGGCGGCGGCGGCGAUCGAGCGACGGCGCGGCGACGGCGGCGGGACGAUGAGCGCGUCGCGGCUCGCGCGAGGGACCGGCGUCGCGAUUUUAGUCGCCGUCGGGGUGUACCAGAUGUUUUUAUUCGGUUGA